AUGAAAAAUUCUUCUAGAAUAAAAAAUACUCAUCAGAUUAAUGAUUGUUGGGCUGCAUUAUUUUGUGGAAUUAUAGAAGUUCUUAUUAGAACUAAUUAACAUGAAUAAAUAGCACUUCUAUAACCGAAUAUUAAUCAAUAUUCCCUUUCAAGAAUCAAAAUCUUUAAGACUAUUGAAUUAAUGAACUAAAUUAUUAGAAAUCCAAAUGUUGAUCUCUUUUAUACUCUAGUCAAUACAGAAGAAGCAUCUUAGGUAAUGAAAAUAUUUAUACAAAUAUAAUACAAUAUAAUUCCUACAUCAGUUUGUAAAAGAGAAAUUCUAGAACUCUUAAGUAAUACUUUUAAAAUAGAUAUUGUAUUUAUUACUCAGAAUACAUCUAUAUCAUUGGCAAAUAGUGAUAAUUUAGAAUUAGUUUUAAAAAUAGUUUAAUAAUAAUCUUAAUUUAUAAUAGAAGCAGGAUAGAAAUCUAGAAGUAGAUCAUCUUCAUUAUUGGAUUAUGUUUUAGAGAUGAAAUAAGAAUGUAAUGGAUGUUUAAGAUUGUUUGAUUAAGGAGAAUUGUAUAAGUCUCUUACUUGUAAUCAUACUUAUUGUAGAUAAUGUUUGAAAUUUUAUUUUAAACUUGGAUAAUCAUUUAUAUGCAAAGAUUUCUUUUGUUAAUUAGAAUUAAAAAGAGAAGACUUUCCAUUUUUAUAAUUGUCUCCUUUAUAGGAUAUGAGUGCUUUAUAAAAUAGAUGUCUUUAAUGCAAAGAAUCUAUCAAUUAAUUAUACACAAAUAAGUGUGGACAUACACAUUGUGAAUAAUGUAUUAAAGAUCAAUUAAAUAAAUCUAAAUUAUAUUAAACUAACUUUUGUUUAGAACCAUCCUGUACUGAAUUAUUAACAAAUGAAUUAAUUAAUAAUUAAUCCAUAAAUAAUGAUAUUUAAAUGGUUCUGUCAAGGAAUAAUUCAAUAGCAUAAAAAAAUACAGAAUUUUGUUAUUUUUGUUAAUCUUAAUAAGAGAAGGGUGUAAAAGGAGAGUGUGGACAUUACUUUUGUAAAUUGUGUUUAGAUUCUAAAUUUUAAUAUAUUAUUACUUAUGGUUUAAAUAGAAAUAUAGAUUGUCCAUUCUGCUCAACUAAAUUUAAUAUUGAGAAAGCAUUAGAUGAAUAUUACAAUUCAUUAGUAUCUUUCUAACCCCCUAAAUUAAAAAGGAUGAGAUCUAAUUCAGAAUAAUAAUAAACAGAAUCCAAAUAAUAGUAGUUAUUUUAAUAAAAACCAUCUUUUGAAAAUUUGUAGACUAGUAAAAAUUCUACUUCUUCAGCUUUACCAUAAAAUCGUUAAAGAAAUUAAAUGCCAUUUAUAAAUGGAGUUUCAACUCCAAAAAGGGUUGUUAAUUCUUCAAAUACUAAUAGAAACAGUCAAAAUUUUAAUAAAUAGGCUUAAUUCUUUUAGAGAAGUCCAUAAUUCUUUUGA